AUGGUACGAAAAAUUACGUGUUAUGUGAUUUUUAUAACAUUAAUAUGGGGAGCAACCGCGGAGAGGGAAGAAAACAUACGAAAUCUUUUCAAAAGUAACAUGACACGUGGUGACUUCUCGAACCUUCUGAAGUCUCUCAUCAGGUUGAACGAACAGAGGGUUAAUGUGCUCCAAAAGCUAUCCAGACUUGAGGAUUACAGCAUGCUGAGUGAGGUUCUGAGGUCUGGAGACAAGAAGGGGGGCGGAAAUUUGAGCAACUUGUUCUUGGUUGUGCUGUCUAAAAACCAAAGUGACCCAUCGCGAAGAAAUAUGGGCUUCCAAGUUUUGGAUUCAGUUCCUUCGGUCAAUACAGCGAAUUUCUAUGUUGGUGGAAUAACAUUGAAUGAUUCCAAAACUGCAAAGACAAACCCUGAUUUACAAAGCAAAUAUCUUAUGAAGGAAGAAUUUAAAUCGAAUCUCGCAGAUAAUUUAAAUAUAGAGGAUAAAAGUAAUAAUUCUAUUGUUACAAGGCAUGGAUCUAGUCAUGUUAAAAAUAAAGAGCAAGAGUCAGUAGAUGCAAUGAAUGAUAUUGUUAAACCCAAAGGUAGAUUUGAAAUCGUAAGUAAUGGGGGAAACAGCAACACGUAUAAAGCAGGCUUAGAUGGUGAAAAUUACGAUGAUGUUAUAAAACUACCAGGAAAUAUUCAGAAGAGAGAACCUGCUGUAUCACAGAUUUCCUUGGAAAACGACCGCUAUAAAGUUCCAGACUUUGCAUCAGGUCCUAUAAAUUCCGAAGUACAUAACUACGAAUCUAAUGAAAAUGAUCACAAAAAUUUGCAAUUGACCAUACAAAACCCUUAUGAAAUUCGUGACAUAAAGCAUCAUAAAUCAGGUAGAGAUGUUACUGAGGAUGGUACUAUCAAAAAACCAAGCACAAGUAUAGACAAUCCAAGUGAAAUCAGUUCUGACAACAAAGUCAUAUCAUUAAAUAAACAUAUCCCUGUACAUCCUACUAAGCGUCGCAAAAGGCAUUCGAAACAAACCAUAGUAAAAUCUGUUAAAAACAAUAAUAGUAAUAAAACAAGCCAUCAUAAAAACCGCCACAGUACUAAACAACCUAAAAUUAAUAAAAAACAAUUUAGUCCAAAUAUCCAUGUUAAAAAACAUCCUCCAAUAAAUAAAGAUAAAUCUGAAGAAAAGAAAAAAGACACUAAACCUAUUCAAGAGCUUCCACAGACCGAACAGAUUCCAGAAGAUUCUAAUCAGGACGCAUUCUACGUAAGUAAAGAAAACAAAAAGGAUGAUGACCGUGAUAGUAAAAAAUCUAAAAUAAACAAAGAUGAAACUAACAAAAAUAUUCAAGGUAGUAAACCACCCAACAUCAGAAAGAUGAAGACUAAGACUGAGCCUCAGGGUAAAAAGGUUUCUAAAAUUAACACAGAACGCUCUGCUGAGAAUGACCAUGUGAUUACGAUUGAUUUAAAUGAACCUUUAGGCCUACAAAUGACAAAAGAUGUUUCUAGUGAAGAUGAGCGAGUCCUUAAAUAUCCUUCUGCAAAUACAGAAGAGACUCAAGAAAUCAUGCAUAAUUUUGAAUUACCUAUUAAUACAUUUAAUGCAAAUGACAAACAUAACAGUCGGCCUAAAGAUGCCAGAGGUUUGCAUCAAAGUAUACCGAUACUUAACAAAGGCGCAUUUGAUGGUAACAUCCAAAAAACUAAAAUGAGUAAAGAUUUCGCAAGACAUGAUAUUGAUUCUAUUAGUAAAUCAGCCAUGGAUGAUUACAGAGGAUUUGAGGGAGGUUCUAGAUAUAAAAAUAACAUCCCAGCAAGAGAAAGACCAUUAGCUUUGUCCGAUGAAGGCUCUGAAGAACCUAAAACGGGCCGAGAAUCAAGGAAGACCUUCGCAAAGUGUAUAAACAAAAAAGCGCUAAAGAUGUGCACAAAGUCUUGCAAUAGCGCUUACAAGAAUGUUUGCCGAAGACUUAAGUGUACUUCUAGAUCGAAAAAAGCUUUGAAAAAAGAAUGCAAGCGCAGCUGCAAGAAGACUUUCGCAAGCAAAUCUAGUAAAUACAGCAAUGAGUCUGGUAACAGUGACAGUGACAGUAAUAGUGACAGUAACAGUAGUUAG